AUGUUCUCCCAUCCUAAUGUCAUCUUAGUAUGGCUGCUCUCUACAAGCAGCUUGAUAUCCCAGACUUUCGUCCCAGCAGCGGCCGCCAACGCCGAUGGAAAUUUCGACGCGACUGUCGACUAUUACCGAGUGCUCGGUGUUGACGAAAGGGCAAGUGCUGCUGAGAUCAAACACUCUUACAAGAGUCUCGCAAGAAAACACCAUCCUGACGUUAGUUCAGCGCCAGAUGCCACCUCCCGUUUUGCGGAGAUUAAUGAGGCCUACGAAGUGCUCGGUAAUGCUCGGACACGAUCGGACUAUGAUGCAGCCCGGAGGUUUAAGAACCCUCAAUAUGGUCAGUUUAGUGACGUUUAUGGAAGAGGGCACGGGGGCAGGCCAAGGAGAUACACUUACGUCUACCGGUAUCAGAGCCCGAGUCAGUACCAUGAAUUCGACCCAAGAGAUUUCUUCGAUUUUUAUACCACUGAAAGAGCGCGGCGAGAUGGAGGUUUUCACCAAAACUCCGACAACAAAGAUACGGUUGGUCGUUCUCGUGAUAUCUUCGACGAAGCUCAGAGAAAGCUCAUGGAUAUCCUAACGCCGGUCUGCAUUCUUUUCAUGGAGCUGGUGAUAGUACAUACAACAUUGGUUAUUUUGAUGCACUGA